AGCAGUGCUGCCGUCUCCCACGCCAAUGCCACAGCCAACAGCACCGCGGUGCCCAUCUCUAGCAGUGCUGCCGUCUCCCACGCCAAUGCCACAGCAAACAGCAGCAGCUGGCCCCCCCACUUCGGCACCAACACAACCAACAGCAGCUCCACAGUUCCCACCUUCCCCCCGGGUGGUAGCACGGUGAUGCCCAUCUCCAGCACCAAAGGCAACGACAGCAGCAGUGCUCAGGUCAUCCCCACACAGAAAACCUCUGUCACCCCUCAGAGCAGCACGGCUCCCAGGCAGACCCCCACGGCCGUGCUGGGCAGCAGUGGCACUCCCAACCCUAGCAAAGCUGCAGCCCUGCUUCCCACCGCGGUCCAGCUGCUCCUCCGCGUCCUGCUGUCCUUCCGCAUCGUCAACAGGAGCUUCAACGAGAGCCUGCGCGACCCCACGUCAAAGGAGUACAGGAGCCUGAGCCACACUGUCUUGACCAUGUUCGAACACGUCUUUGGCUGCGCAAGCUGCAUGGGCAGGCAGACCUACAAGGGAUGCAGUGAAAUCUAUUUCAGCCAAGGCUCAGUGGAGGUGCAGUCCACCCUCGUGUUUGCGCACGGCAAUGACACUGUCACCAGCGACGCCGCUGAGCAGCAGCUGAGGAACAGCCUGGACCAGAACGGCUUCAUCAUGGACCUGCAGCUGACCAACAUCCAGAGCACUGUGGAGGCGAUGUCCCCAGCACCGGUGCCUGCGGUCCCGGGCUGGGCCAUUGCUCUGCUGGUCCUGGUCUGCAUCCUGCUGCUGCUGAGCAUCCUCACCUGCCUUCUGCUGGUGAGCCCCCCAUCCUCAUCCCUGUCCUCACCUGCCUUCUGCUGCACGAUGGCCUCCUACCACCCCAUGGCUGAGUACCCUCCGUACCAGAGCCACGGGCGCUACGUGUCACCCAACAGCAAGCCCAACCCCUACAGCCAG